AUGGUAGACCAAAAGUUGUUAUCUACCAAGGAAGUCUCGGGACAUAAAUCGCCCGAGGAUUGUUGGAUCGUGGUAGACAAGCAAGUUUGGGAUGUAACGGAUUUUCUCGAUGAACAUCCUGGAGGAUCAACAGUCAUAAUGAAGUAUGCAGGUCGGGAUGCCACGCAAGCUUACUCCGAGGUGCAUUCUCCAAGCGUUCUCAGAACAGGACUUCAGCCAGAUAAGUUGAAAGGUGCACUGGAUGAGGCAACAAUCGAUGAGGAGUGGACCAAGGCACCAUCUAGCAAGAUUCAAAAGGAAGGUUCAGAAAAUGAGAAGCCACCAUUGGAGACUCUUAUCAAUUCUCACGACUUUGCGGAUGUUGCUUCCAAAACUGCAAACAAGAAGACAUGGGCUUUCUACUCCAGUGCCUCCACGGAUCUGAUUACUCGUGAUGCGAAUAAAUCAUGCUUUGAUAGGAUAUGGCUUCGACCGCGUGUUCUUCGGAAUGUACGAGAGGUAGAUACUCGAACCACAAUCCUAGGUGGGAACUAUAAGCUUCCCCUUUUUGUCAGCCCUGCUGCAAUGGCCAAACUUAUCCAUCCGGAGGGAGAAUGCGCAAUUGCUCGAGCGUGUGAAAAGAAAGGAAUCAUUCAAGGCAUUUCAAAUAACUCAUCAUUCACGAUGGACGAACUGCGAGAUGCCGCACCUGGUACCAGCUUCAUUUUCCAGCUAUAUGUCAACCGUGAUCGGGGAAAGUCCGCUGAGCUGCUCCGACAGUGCUCGGCCAACCCCAAUAUCAAGGCUAUUUUCGUUACCGUUGACGCCGCAUGGCCGGGUAAGCGUGAAGCAGAUGAGCGCGUGAAAGCUGAUGAGGGUAUUUCCGUCCCAAUGUCACCAUCGAAAGCGCAAAACGACAAAAAGGGCGGUGGUCUGGGACGUGUGAUGGCCGGGUACAUUGACCCAGGUCUGACAUGGGAAGAUCUUAAAUGGGUCCGUCAGCACACGCAUAAGCCUGUGUGUCUGAAAGGUGUAAUGUCAGCAGACGAUGCUCUCAUGGCUGCGAAGGCUGGUCUGGAUGGUAUUUUGUUGAGUAACCACGGAGGUCGUAAUCUCGAUACUAGCCCUCCUUCUAUCAUUACCUUGCUGGAAAUUCACAAGAGAUGCCCAGAGGUGCUCGACUCAUUGGAGAUAUACGUGGAUAGUGGUAUCCGUCGUGGUACUGAUAUCCUCAAAGCUGUUUGUUUGGGCGCCACUGCUGUGGGAAUGGGUCGAAGCAUGCUUUUCGCCAUGAAUUAUGGACAAGAGGGUGUUGAGCAUCUUAUUGAUAUCAUGCAAGAUGAAUUAGAGACAGCCAUGCGUAAUAUUGGAAUCACAUCACUGGAUCAGGCGUCUCCAGACUACGUGCAUACUGGAGAUGUUGACCAUCUGGUUCCAGGGUUAAGCUCACACCCAUAUGCUCGGGUGAUAGCAAAAGGUCGACGCCGUUCGAAGCUUUGA